CCUAUCUCAGCGGACAAUCAUAAAACGGUUGCAAAACUGUUGAGUCUGCUGAACGCAGCCAUUUUCACAAUUCCAUUUCGUUUGAUGUAUUCGAAACAUUAGAUUUCUAAGUAUCCCAGGAUUUAAGUUGCAAAAUGUUCGACACAUACAACAAAGUCACGCACUGCAUUUUCGAUAUGGACGGUUUAUUGCUCGAUACAGAACAUCUGUACUCCAAGGCCUUCAACCGUAUCACUAAUCGUUAUGGCAAAGAAUUCACAUGGGAACACAAGGCGCAAACGAUGGGUUUCAAGACCAAAGAUGUUGCCGACUAUGUGGUUGAGACGUUAGAAUUACCGUUAACAAAGGACGAAUUUAAGGAGGAGAUUGUUGGACUCUAUCAGGAAUUGUUUCCGCAUACCAAUCCCAUGCCAGGCGCCGUUAGGUUACUGAAGCACCUGAAAGAGAAUAAUAUUCCGAUUGCGUUAGCCACGAGCUCAGAUCGAGAAAACUAUGAAUUGAAAACCAGUCGCUGGCAUGACCUCUUCGAACUGUUUCAUCACAAAGUGCUCGGGGGUUCGGAUCCCGAAGUCGUACACGGAAAACCGGAACCUGACAUAUUUUUCAUAGCUGCCAAGCGUUUUCCUGACAAUCCAGAUCCUUCGAAGUGUCUGGUUUUUGAGGAUGCGCCAAAUGGCGUGAAAGCGGCACUUCAUGCUGGAAUGCAGGUUGUUAUGGUGCCGGACCCGAUGCUUCCCAAACGUUAUACGACCGAAGCGACCCUAGUAUUAGAUAGUCUCGAGAAGUUUGAACCGGAAAAGUUUGGAUUACCUCCAUAUGCGGCGAUGUAAUACAUUUUUUCUAAAUUUACCACGUAUACAGAUUCGUGAAAGAG